AUGUUGGAUUCUGUUUUAACAAGACAUUUCAAAUUUAAUGAUCAUAAAUAUGAUUCAAGAAAACAAACAAUGUAUAUUACAAAAAGAAGGAAUUCUCAUAAUAAUAGUUUUGAUUUAUAAUCUAGUAGAGAUUAAUCAUAUGGAUAUUUCAAUUAAUAAUUAAACUACGUACAUUAUUUAGUAUGCUAAGUGUGCAGUAGAUUAUUAUGAUGUUCCAAUGCCUAAAUAUACUCAUCAAAAGGGAUUUUCAAGUCCUGUUAAGAAACUUAAGUAAUCUCAAAAAAGAAGUAAUUCAUAUCAUUUCCAUUCAUAACCAAAACAAAAUUGUUAAAUACUUAAAUUUGAAGGUUAUAUCUCAAGAGAAUCACCAUUUAGAAAUUGGAUAGGAACUAUGAAUAAAUCAUAAGCAUCAAAAAUAUCACAAAUUUAACGAAUUCAUGUAAUUAAUAUAUAUAUAUAUAUUUAUAUUAUAGAAUUAAGUAAGAAUUAUAGAAAAGAAUUAAAAAAGUGAAUCAUAUCAACUUUAAGAAUAUUUAAAUGCUGUCAAUCAUAGAAUCUAAUGGAAUUCACUUCCUAAAGUAUUCAAUUAUCAAAGAUGUUAAACUCCAGACAUUUUAAAAGAUGCAAGAGAUAGAAUUAAAAAGUUUUGA